UCAGAAAUUCAGAAGAUUUCUACUUUCACUCCACAAUUUCUCUAAAAGAGACACUUCAACUGACGACUUUUUGCACCUAGACUUCUACUUGAGACCCACUGUCACUGACAAAAGGACCUUUUACGUGGAAAAUAUGGACCAACGCUCCAAGUGGACAAGAGCCUUUGUUCCAAACCCCAACCGGCCCAGUAGCCCACGGCUCAUCCAACGUAGGAUCCCAGCGCCAGCCUCCCAGAGUGGCUUCCCACCUGGCACUGACCCUGGCUCCUCAGCUGGAAAGCCGCUGAGUCUGGAGAUGGACCAACGCUCCAAGUGGACAAGAGCCUUUGUUCCAAACCCCAACCGGCCCAGUAGCCCACGGCUCAUCCAACGUAGGAUCCCAGCGCCAGCCUCCCAGAGUGGCUUCCCACCUGGCACUGACCCUGGCUCCUCAGCUGGAAAGCCGCUGAGUCUGGAGAUGGCACUCAAUGCUCCUCGGCCGUUAUGGGACGGCCCUAAGCCGCAGUGGGUGAAAAACAUGGAGGUUUAUAUGGAGAGGAGAAAGGAGUUUGGCGGCUGGCACAAGAGUGUCACUGAACCUGCAGGUAAGUAUGACUAUGGUUCCUUCACUAGGCCCCGCCAAAAAGCUCCUUUUGGCUCCCCACAUUUCUACAGCUUUUCGCCUUUUCCUUCACCCUGUGGCUCCCCACGUGGCUCUGACCCUGGCUCUCCAAGUGGCCCCCCUUGUGGCUCUAACCCUGGCUCUCCAAUUGGUUCUGCACAUUGCUCUGACCUUGGCUCUCCAAGUGGCUCCCCAAGUGGCUCCCCUUCUGGCUCUAAUCCUGGCUCUCCAAAUGGCUCCCCACAUUGCUCUGACCCUGGUUCUCCAAGUGGCUCUCCAAGUGGCUCCCAACAUGGCUCUGACCCUGGCUCUCCUAGUGGCUCCCCACAUGGCUCUGACCCUGGCUCUCCAGGUGCCUCCCCACGUGGCUCUGAGCCUGGUUCUCCAAGUGGCUCCCAACGUGGCCCUAACCCUGGAUCUCCAUGUGGCUCCCCACGUGGCUCUGACCCUGGCUCUCCAAGUGGCUUGCCAUGUGGCUCUCCAAGUGGCUCCCAACAUGGCUCUGACCCUGGCUCUCCAAGUGGCUUGCCAUGUGGCUCUCCAAGUGGCUCCCAACAUGGCUCUGACCCUGGCUCUCCAAGUGGCUUGCCAUGUGGCUCUCCAAGUGGCUCCCAACAUGGCUCUGACCCUGGCUCUCCAAGUGGCUUUCCAUGUGGCUCUCCAAGUGAUUCCCAACAUGGCUUUGACCCUGGUUCUCCAAGUGGCUUGCCAUGUGGCUCUCCAAGUGGCUCCCAACAUGGCUCUGACCCUGGCUCUCCAGGUGCCUCCCCACGUGGCUCUGAGCCUGGUUCUCCAAGUGGCUCCCAACGUGGCCCUAACCCUGGAUCUCCAUGUGGCUCCCCACGUGGCUCUGACCCUGGCUUUCCAAAAGGCUCCCCACAUGGCUCUGACCCUGGCUCUCCAAGUGGCUUGCCAUGUAGCUCUCCAAGUGGCUCCCAACAUGGCUCUGACUCUGGCUCUCCAAGUGGCUUGCCAUGUGGCUCUCCAAGUGGCUCCCAACAUGGCUCUGACCCUGGCUCUCCAGGUGCCUCCCCACGUGGCUCUGAGCCUGGUUCUCCAAGUGGCUCCCUACGUGGCCCUAACCCUGGCUCAUGUGGCUCCCCACGUGGCUCUGACCCUGGCUCUCCAUGUGGCUUGCCAUGUGGCUCUCCAAGUGGCUCCCAACAUGGCUCUGACCCUGGCUCUCCAAGUGGAUUGCCAUGUGGCUCUCCAAGUGGCUCCCCACAUGGCUCUGACCUUGGCUCUCCUAGUGGCUCCCCACAUGGCUCUGACCCUGGCUCUCCAGGUGCCUCCCCACGUGGCUCUGAGCCUGGUUCUCCAAGUGGCUCCCUACGUGGCUCUAACCCUGGCUCAUGUGGCUCCCCACGUGGCUCUGACCCUGGCUCUCCAUUUGGCUCCCCAAAUGGCUACGACCCUGGUUCUCCAAGUGGCUCCCCACGGGGCUCUCACCCUGGCUCUCCAAGUUGCUCCCCAUGUGGCUCUGAUCCUGGCUCUCCUAUUAGCUCCAGUGAACUUACACAGUUAUGGAGCAACCCAGAGCUGAAGUGGGUGAAGAACAUGACACUUUUGAUAAAGAGGGGAAAUCCAUUUGGCAGCAAGAGAACUGCUGAACCUGCAGGUAAGUCUGACUCUGGCUCUUCAAGUAGCUCCCCUUCUAGCUCUGACUCUGGCUCUUCAAGUGGCUCCCCUUCUAGCUCUGACUCUGGCUCUUCAAGUGGCUCCCCUUCUAGCUCUGACUCUGGCUCUUCAAGUGGCUCCCAUUCUAGCUCUGACUCUGGCUCUUCAAGUGGCUCCCCUUCUAGCUCUGACUCUGGCUCUUCAAGUGGCUCCCAUUCUAGCUCUGACUCUGGCUCUUCAAGUGGCUCCCCUUCUAGCUCUGACUCUGGCUCUUCAAGUGGCUCUCAUUCUAGCUCUGACUCUGGCUCUUCAAGUGGCUCCCCAUGUAGCUCUGACACUGACUGGACCUGGUUUAAGGAGGGAUACUGGACCUGCAGGUUGUCAGAUGAUCCUACCAAGACCAUUCAAAUAAUGCUGAAGAGGGUGACCUACUCUGACCAACCUCAGGUACCCACUUCACCUUUGAAAGCAGGCCCCUCUAGAAGACCAGAUGCACCUAGUGUGCCUCCGCCGUUAUGGAGGGGUCCUGAGCAGAAGUGGGUGAAGAACCUAAAGCCUUUAAUGAAAAUGAGAAACCAGAGCAGGGGGCGCAAGAGAGCCGCUCAACCUGUAGGUAAGUCUGCAGGUAAGCGCAUUUGUCUUUAACUUGGAUUUAAUUGUGCUAA